CAACAUGCCCAAGCAGCUUUGGGUGCUCCCCCUGUUCUCAGUUGACCCCCACAGCCCCCCAUCCUGGCUCUAAGCAGCUCCAUUGCACCCCAUUGGGGGGGAACACAUAACAGGGCAUACUGGGGCAGUGAGAAGGGGGAAGCUGCCUUCAAGGGUGCCCAAAUUGAAAGCAAAGCCUAAGGAUGCUGCAAGGAGUAGAGGGGCAGCAUUAGGAGCUCAGCCCUAAGCCUAAAAGAAGAGAGGGAAGGGAGGAGCCCGGCCCGAGGUGGGAACCGCAGGCACGUCCCGAUCCGCCGUUACAGCCGCCUAUUGCCCAACGUGGCCCCGGAGGGCUGAACCAGGGCUGGGCGCUGCUGGGCGAGGCUCACACCGCCCUCAAUUGCUGCACAGCACUGAGCACCGCAUAGCGAGCACCGCACCGAGCCCUGAACCCCAGCCAUGUCCAAGGUUUCCCCCACCGAGACCGAGCGCUGCAUCGAGUCGCUGCUGGCCGUCUUUCAGAGGUACGCAGGGCGUGAAGGAGACAACCUCAAGCUUUCCAAGAAGGAAUUCCUGGCUUUCAUGAACACCGAGCUGGCUUCUUUCACAAAGAAUCAGAAGGACCCUGGUGUUGUGGACAGGAUGAUGAAGAGGCUUGAUCUCAACAGCGAUGGGCAGCUGGACUUCCAGGAGUUCCUGAAUCUCAUAGGAGGCAUUGCAGUGGCCUGCCAUGAGGCACUGCUCAUUCAACCUCCUCGCCCCUAAUCCAAGCAGCCUCAUCUCACCCCCACUGUGAACAUUCCUCAACCAUAAACCCUAGCAAAUAUGGAAACAAUAUCACAACAUCCCUAACUCCUUGUUUUUAUGAAUAAAGGUUUAAAAUCCUAUCA